AUGCCCUGGAAACAUGGAACCAAGCCAAUUGAGCAUGUGUUCGGAUGGAUGUGUGUCAUAUCACCAAACUUAGCUGUCCUUGAUGCUAGACAGAUGGUUCCAAAACUUCAUGCUGUGGUUAAAAGUGUGAUGAGUGGAAUCAUCAAAAUAUCGAAAUCAGAACAUCUACAUUCCGGCUAUGAAUUUGCUUUCUCCAAAGAACCUGAUUCUGAGCACAUUGAUAGACUCUGUUACUUUCCCACUGACAAGGAGAUCACCUACAACUUGACUGUGGCCAAGAAACGAGCCAUAAGUUUGGCUUCUUUUGUUGGAAUGCACAAUGCUUCCAUUGUUGAUACUCCUGUUGGGUUAUCUGGAAACAAAGUCUUGGGAGAUGUCUCAACUUGCAUGGCUGAGAGCUAUGAUGUUGAGUAUAAUUUUGGUCCGGAAAAAUCCCUCAAAGCAGCUGUGGCCGCGGCAGCAGAGGCUACAGAUGAACAGCAGCAAACAGAUGUCCUGCUCUCUACUAUACCAGAAGAUCUUGAUCAAGAGAUCUUCAAUAAUGUAGCCAUGUCUUUGUUGACAAUCCUUGGACCCAAUGAUUCAAGCUUGUCUGAAGAACGCAAUGAAGCUGCGCUGGCUGACUUUGCCGGAGCUGAUCACCACCUUGAUACAUUAGUCUUGAACAAUCAAGAUGGUAUGAAACUAGAAAAGUAA